AUGGAAACGACGCCAAUUACUGGGCUCGACGAGCUCGACAGGCACCUUGACGAUCUCAUCCAGGAUCCCUGUUUGGAGGUAAACCCAAAGCUGUUUGACGAUGUCGAACUCCAGCUUACAGAAAGCAACAUCCCUCCGCUAAUCCUCCGGUUCCUCUCCCGACUUACAGUACUCCUCAAGCAGUACACCCAAGACCCAGCCGUCAUUGUCAGCCUGACCAUCAAGCUUCUGGGACCCGUUUCGCUCGUCGAGAUUAUGCAAAUGGCCGCACCGGAAGAGCUCAUCCAAGCCCUUGACUCCCCGGCGCCGGCGGCAAAUUUGCUCGCCAUGACCAUCCUCCACAAAGCGGCUGCCAGCCCACAGGAAGUCACCAUACUCUCCAACAUCCCCAACCUCGUUGCAGCUUUUAUCACCCGCUGGCUAGCCGCGCCGCAAGUUGAAGUCGGCCAGAAGGGCGGCAAAGUUCUUGGCGACCUCCUCGACAUCGACUGCGAACUGCCGCCACCACCACCAACCACCCGCCCAGUUGACGUGACGCACACCGAGCUGGUAUUACGCAAAACCCCGGGGCAGGGCAGGCUCUGGAACCUCGUCUUCCAGGACCCAACCGUGUACACUCUCCUCCUGGACCUGAUCUCGGGCCGGCACCCGGACACGGCCUGCAACCCGCACCAACUCUCCCUCGCCCAGGGCCGCGUCCUGCGCAUCCUGCCACGCCUGGCAUUCAUCGACUUCCACGCCGUUACCCACUCCGACAUCACCCCGCCCGCACCAGUGCACCUUACAAACGGAACCAGCAACGGCGAACCGCAAUUGCUCAACGGGGGCGACCACCAACCCCCCAAUUCAAACCCACCUCGGCCGGGCGAAGGUUUCCUGCAAUACGCGGCCCUGCGCAUGGUGCGCAAGUCGGACGUGCUCAUGCACCUCAGCCUGGUCGACUUCUUCGAGGCGCUGGUCAGCCUGAUGCGCGUCACCGAGCAGUCUCCCCUUAAAGUGGAGACGCUGCGGGCGGUGCUCGGCGAGGCGACGGCCGGGGACGAGGUGCUGCGUGAGGCGCUGCUGAGCCUGCCGGACCGGACUGUCGAGGAGGAGGCGGAGGACUUAAGGAGCUGGUUGGUGGAUGUUAUGCCGGGGGAGGAGGUACGGCUAGCGAUGCGCUGA